CAUUUCUAAUAUCUAUCUUUCUGCAUCGUUUUAGCACACACUGUGUAGACCGCAUGUGUUAUGGGUCGUAAAGGGGCACGCAACACCCGUUAUAAGGUGAAAAACCGUUCGAGAGACAUUGAUCAGAUUUACGAAGAUGUGAAAGAAGAAAAUAUUGUCAGACGCAUUGCUGAGGCAACAGAACCUGAUGAGGAUCUGCCCGCUCUGGGUCAGUUUUUUUGCGUGUCUUGUAACAAGUACUUUAUCAACGAACGCACACUCCUUGUCCACAAGACUGGAAAACCGCACAAACGUCGAUUGAAAGCUUUGGUUGAACAGCCGCAUACACAAGAUGAUGCUGACUUCGCAGCUGGGCUCAUGAAGGAUGACAGCCACCUACGGAACAAGAAACUUGCUACUUCUGCGCAAGACCAAAGUGCACCUCUCUUCAACUCCUUGGCUUCGUAUGCAUGUGCUGAGUAAAUAUCUUUAUACUGGACUGAGGACAAUUCUGUAUAAAAUAUUGUACAUUCGGG